AUAAUAAAGUUGGGUGUAAGAAAAAUAAAUUCACAAAAUCAACGUUUGAUGAUACCUAAUCCAGUAUCCACUCACAGGCCACAACAGUGAACAGUCAACACCCACGGGCAGAGAGACAACACAUACAAACAAACAAAGGCGGCGGACGAUGGGUAGUUCAUCGGAGGAUUUUUCGGUGGUAGUCCUAGCAUCCGAUCUCGCCGUCGAUGCUCGACCUUUCCUUUUCCAUCAAGAAGAACAACAUCAAGAAGAAGAAAACUGGCACGAUUGUUCCCAAUACCUAUCCCCCGACGAAGACUUCUCCGAUCUCGAACAAUUACAAUUCAUUACUCUCCAAGGUUCCGAUAAGAACGGUAAUCGCAUUAUCCGUAUCGUCGGCAAGUAUUAUCCCGCAACGGUUGUGAGUGCAGAGCGGCUGAAGAGGUAUGUCUUUCACAAGAUUUUCAGUGAGUUGCCAGAUGGGCCAUUUUGCAUUGUUUACAUGCACACUACUGUUCAAAAGGAGGAUAAUUCUCCUGGGAUGACCAUCUUGAGGUGGAUUUAUGAAGAACUUCCAGAUGAUUUUAAGGACAGACUUGAAACUAUGUACUUCAUUCACCCCGGGCUUCGUUCCAGGCUAGUCAUAGCUACUCUUGGCAGGUUUUUCUUGAGUGGAGGAUUAUAUUGGAAGAUCAAGUACGUAAGCCGCCUUCAGUACCUCUGGGAUGAUAUGAAGAAAGGAGAGAUUGAGAUACCAGAAUUUGUACAAAAGCAUGAUGAUAUUUUGGAGAAUAGGCCACUCACUGAUUAUGGAAUUGAACCUGACCCCUAUCACUUAACUGGGACUGGGAUGCCUUCGGUUACAUACUCAUUUGGAAAAUAUGAAGAGAGAUGGGCAGGGAGGGAUCAUAUCUCUGAGUAUGAAUAUCGCUGAAACAUAGUAUGAGUGCCACUUUUGUACAGAAUAGCUAAAAUGUGAUGUGUUUGUAUUGCAUUCACUUAUCUGCAAGAUUCUCUAUAUGUUGGAUUAGAAACUUCAUGUCAUGAGAAAUUUAUAUAAGUAUUUUGAUCUAUCUAAGUUCAUAAUGUAAGUUUUCGUUUGACAAUGCAUCCUCGAACAUUCCCUGGUAAUGUACAUAUACUUGUAUGAAUUGCUCCCCCCUUUUAGGUAUUA